AUGCAGGAAUUCAUGAUUCUUCUAAGUGGAGCUGCCAACUUCACAGAAACCAUGCGCAUGGGAAGUGAAGUCUAUCAUUAUCUCAAGAAAGUCAUCAAGGACAGAUUCGGCUUGGACGCUACUGCUGUAGAUGAUGAAGGUGGUUUCGCCACCAACAUCCUCAACAACAAAGACGGUCUUGAACUCAUCAAGGUUGCUAUCGCAAAUGCUGAAUACACUGGCAAGAUCGCAAUUGGUAUGGACAUUGCUGCAUCUGAAUUCCACCAAGAAGACGAAUACGACUUGGGCUUCAAAAAUUCCAACUCCGAUAAAAGCAAAUGGAUCUCCUCUGACCAACUUCUUGACCUCCACCAAGAAUUCAUCAAAGAAUACCCCAUCGUUUCCAUUUAA